AUGGUUACAACAUGGUAUGCCAAGAAGCAGCAAAAGAAAGUGAUCCAAAUGCUGUGAUUCAGAGAGUUUCACAGUAUCAUUCAGCAUGUACAGAUCAGAUGAAAAAGAUAAUUGUUGAUGAUAUGGCUGAUGUGAAUGGGAAUAUAUCACUACUGUUUGCAACUGAAGCAUAUGGGAUGGGUGCAGAUGCGCCAAAUAUAAGAAGAAUCAUACAUUAUGGACCACCUACUUCUGUAGAAACUUAUAUGCAAGAGAUUGGCCGUGCUGGCAGAGAUGGUCUUCAAAGUGAAGCUGUAUUGUACUUUAACAACAAUGACCUAGGUGGUAACACCCCAGUUAGAGAUGAAGUCAAACAAUUUUGUAGACUUAAAUCAUGCAGAAGGCAAUUUCUCUGUAAACAUUUUGACUGGGAAUGUGUGGCUUUGUUGAUAAAACACAACUGUUGUGACAUUUGUAAGGUGGACUGUAAUUGUAUUGAGUGCUUAUCAAAUUCAGCAUUUGAUGACCUUGAUGUUGCUGAAGAAGAUAAAGAAGGUAUUCCGUCACAGCUUCAAACUCUAUUAGCAGCAUAUUUUCAACUGGAAAAUGAUUUAGUUGACAUGCCAAAAUCAGAAAUUUUUACAGGUCUGUCUUCUGAGCUUGUUCCAGAGAUAGUUAAAAAUUGUUUAUCUUAUAAAUCUGCUGAGGAGAUAUGUAGAAAAUUUCCUUUCUUGAAAUUUGAAUAUGCUUGUAAUAUAUUCAAAAUUAUAUUGAAUGUCAAAUCUGAAUGUCCUGAGGUUUAACUUCAUUCUACAUUGUGCUUAAUGAUAAAAUUUGUUAAAAUUCAUAUGAAAAGCACCUUAAUUUGCAUACAUUUUGUCAAACAAUUUCAUAUGCUUUUUUACAUUAGAUAAUUCCUUAGA